CUAUCUUGUUCUGAUAAACCUCUCUCGAAAUUCACUGUUCACUCUCAUCGUCAAUUACAGUUCCAAAUUCCGGCGACGCCGAAGGAAUUAAUCAAAAUCAAAUGUCAUCCUUCCGUCAUUAAAUCUCACUUCGAUGGGUUUCAUUCUCACACAGUUCUCUCCGCUAUCUCUCACCCCAGGUCUAGCGUCGUUAAAUCCCAGGUAUCGGGUCAAAACCCGAAAACUCGGGUCUAGAGAAUCCAAUCCAUCUCGUAAAAUCGUUCCCCUUAGAGGCUGUUUAGGUUUCCCCCGCGUACAUAGGAGUUUCGCGAGCUCGAAUCACUCUAAAGACGAAAGCAAAGUUCUUUCAGAGACGAGAGAGAGCGUAAUACAGUUUGUAUCCAAACCAUUAGUUUACGCCUUGUUUUGUAUCGCAAUUGGAUUCUCACCGGUUAAGUCAUUUCAAGGUCAAGCUUUAGCUGUGCCUUAUCUCAGUGAUGUGAUAUGGAAGAGAAAGAAAGAGACUUUGAGAGAGAAAGAGUUGGUUUUGAAGACGAUUGAUCAUGAGUUCUCUGGUUUUACUCAGAGACUGUUGGAGAAGGUUUCGGUUUUGGUCAAGAGUGUUGAGAAGGUGAGGAAGGGAGAUGGAGAUGUUGUUGAAGUGGGGAAGGCUUUGGAUGGGGUGAAAGUGGAGAAGGAGAGGUUGGAGAAGGAGAUAAUGAGUGGGUUGUAUAGUGAUAUGAGGAGGUUUAGGAGAGAGAGAGGUGUGUUGAUGGAACGAGCUGAUGGGAUUGUGGAAGAGGUUUUGAGGUUGAAGAAAAAGAGUGAGAGGCUGUUGGGGAAAGGUGAUAGGGAGAGAGUGGGGAAGUUGGAGGAGAGUGUGGAUGUAAUGGAGAGUGAGUACAAUAAGAUAUGGGAGAGAAUAGAUGAGAUUGAUGAUACUGUUUUGAAGAGAGAGACAACGACUUUGAGUUUUGGGGUUAGGGAGCUUAUUUUCAUUGAAAGAGAGUGUGUGGAGUUGGUUAAGAGCUUCAACCGAGAAAUGAAGCAAAAGAGUUUGGAGAGUAUUCCUGAAAGCUCUGUUACGAAACUCCCAAGAGAUGAGAUUAAGCAGGAGUUACUGAACGCUCAAAGAAAGCAUUUGGAACGAAUGAUUCUGCCUAAUGUUUUGGAACUAGAGGAGGUUGAUCCCUUGUUCGAUCAUGAUUCAGUGGAUUUUUCUCUACGCAUCAAAAAACGCCUUGAGGAAUCGAAAAAGCUGCAGAAAGAUCUUCAGGAUCGUAUCAGAGGACGCAUGAAAAAGUUUGGUGAAGAAAAGCGUUUUGUGCUAAAAACUCCAGAAGAUGAAGUUGUCAAGGGAUUUCCUGAAGCUGAGGUGAAAUGGAUGUUUGGAGAGAAGGAGGUGGUUGUUCCGAAAGCUAUCCAGCUCCAUCUACGCCAUGGUUGGAAAAAGUGGCAGGACGAAGCAAAGGCAGAUUUGAAACAGAGACUUUUAGAAGAUGUUGAUUUUGGUAAACAAUAUAUUGCGCAGAGACAGGAACAAGUUCUCCUGGAUCGAGAUAGAGUUGUUUCAAAGACUUGGUAUAAUGAAGACAAAGAUAGGUGGGAGAUGGACCAUAUGGCUGUUCCAUAUGCAGUUUCAAGGAAGCUGAUUGACAGUGCCAGGAUUAGGCAUGAUUAUGGUGCGAUGUAUGUUGCACUGAAAGGAGAUGACAAGGAGUACUACGUUGACCUAAAGGAAUAUGAGAUGCAGUUUGAGAAAUUUGGAGGGUUUGAUACUCUGUACCUCAAAAUGCUUGCUUCUGGAAUCCCAACAACUGUUCAUCUGAUGUGGAUACCCAUGUCAGAGCUAAGUCUCCAUCAACAGUUUCUGUUGUUUACAAGGGUAGUUUCUCGAGCCUUUACUGCAUUGAGGAAGACUUCGCUUGUAUCACAGGCAAAAGACAUUUUACUGGAGAGAAUAAGAAAUAUAAACGAUGACAUUAUGAUGGCGAUCGUUUUUCCAGUUCUUGAAUUUAUCAUUCCUUACCAGCUAAGGCUGCGUCUGGGAAUGGCUUGGCCGGAAGAAAUAGAACAGUCUGUUGGCACGACAUGGUACUUACAAUGGCAGUCUGAGGCAGAGAUGAACUUCAGGUCCCGCAAUACAGAAGAUUUUAAGUGGUUCGUCUGGUUUCUAAUUCGAAGUUUCGUGUACGGGUAUGUUGUGUAUCAUGUUUUCCGCUAUCUGAAAAGAAAGAUUCCAAGAGUUCUUGGCUAUGGACCCUUCCGUCGAGAUCCGAAUGUGCGGAAAUUUUGGAGAGUGAAAUCAUAUUUUACUUUUAGAAAAAGGAGAAUUAAGCAAAAGAGAAGGGCUGGAGUCGACCCUAUAAAAACUGCAUUCGACAGAAUGAAGAGAGUGAAAAACCCACCAAUCCCGUUAAAAAACUUUGCUAGCAUUGAGUCUAUGAGAGAAGAAAUCAACGAGGUUGUGGCGUUUUUACAGAAUCCGAAGGCAUUUCAGGAGAUGGGUGCCCGUGCACCACGGGGAGUUCUUAUUGUUGGUGAGAGAGGAACGGGAAAAACGUCACUGGCGCUAGCUAUAGCAGCCGAAGCAAGAGUGCCUGUUGUUAAUGUUGAAGCUCAAGAGUUGGAGGCUGGACUAUGGGUUGGCCAAAGUGCCGCGAAUGUCAGGGAACUCUUUCAAACUGCAAGAGACUUGGCACCUGUUAUCAUAUUUGUGGAGGAUUUUGACCUCUUUGCUGGUGUACGUGGGAAGCUCAUACAUACUAAACAGCAAGAUCAUGAAUCUUUCAUUAAUCAGCUUCUUGUUGAACUUGAUGGAUUUGAGAAGCAGGAUGGCGUAGUUUUGAUGGCUACUACCCGAAAUCAUAAGCAGAUUGAUGAAGCGUUAAGAAGGCCGGGUCGUAUGGAUAGAAUAUUCCAUCUUCAGAGUCCAACUGAAAUGGAAAGGGAGCGGAUUCUACAAAAUGCUGCAGAAGAAACCAUGGACAGAGAACUCAUUGAUCUGGUGGAUUGGCGUAAGGUUUCGGAGAAGACAUCUCUAUUACGACCGAUAGAACUGAAACUUGUUCCAAUGGCUCUCGAAAGUAGUGCCUUCAGGAGCAAAUUUCUGGACACAGAUGAACUUCUGAGCUACGUUAGCUGGUUUGCGACGUUUAGCCAUAUAGUGCCCCGAUGGUUGCGGAAAACCAAAGUUGCCAAUAAAAUGGGCAAAAUGCUUGUUAAUCAUCUUGGGCUCAACUUAACCAAAGAAGAUUUGGAGAAUGUGGUUGAUCUGAUGGAACCAUAUGGACAGAUAAGCAAUGGAAUAGAACUUUUGAAUCCACCUGUUGAUUGGACGAGAGAGACAAAGUUCCCACACGCCGUCUGGGCUGCUGGUCGUGCUCUGAUCGCACUUCUAAUACCAAACUUCGAUGUUGUAGAUAAUCUGUGGCUUGAGCCUACUUCCUGGGAAGGAAUCGGGUGCACAAAGAUCACCAAAGUCACAACUGGUGGCUCUGCAAGUGGGAAUACGGAAUCAAGAUCAUAUCUUGAGAAGAAGCUCGUUUUCUGCUUUGGAUCUCACAUUGCAUCUCAAAUGCUUCUUCCUCCUGGAGAAGAAAAUUUUCUUUCGUCCUCAGAAAUAACACAAGCGCAAGAGAUUGCAACACGCAUGGUGCUACAGUAUGGCUGGGGACCCGAUGACAGUCCUGCAGUCUACUAUGCCACUAACGCGGUAUCAGCUUUGAGUAUGGGAAACCAUCACGAAUACGAAAUGGCCGGUAAAGUCGAAAAGAUUUAUGACUUAGCGUACGAAAAGGCAAAGGAAAUGCUCCUCAGAAAUCGCCGUGUCCUUGAGAAAAUCACUGACGAGCUCCUCGAAUUUGAGAUAUUGACCCAUAAGGAUCUAGAAAGACUUGUUAGUGAGAAUGGAGGGAUACGGGAGAAGGAACCUUUCUUUCUCUCCGGAACCAAUUACAACGAGCCAUUGUCAAGGAGCUUCCUUGAUGCCGGAGAUUCGUCAGAAACUGUGCUUCUUAGUUCACCAACCUAAAGACCAUUGGAGACAAUAGUUUGAUGAUAGAUUUUUCUCUGCAGUAAAUUUGUUGUGGAUUGUAAGUGUUGUUCUUUUCUUGACCAGAUGAGCCACUUGAGACUAGUUUAGUCUGAGAGUUGAUAAUUCAUUUUUGAAACUGAAAGUUUUCUUGUCCUGAUCUCUUAUUAUUCUUGGGACAUGUCUGUUAUUGUUCUUACUGCUUGCCAGUGUAACAAUAUAGUUAUCACUGCUUCCAAACACUGUAAAUCCAAAUCAGAGAUGAAGCUGUCUGGUCCUCUGAAUCGAUGUCGUUCUAAG